AUGGCUUUCCUCGCCAACAUACGGCGCUUUCACCACAACAAUGUCGCAACUCUCCGGCGAACCCCGCUCUCCGAGAUCUCCGGCGCCCUCGGCGACCUUGGCACGCUGCUCCCUCUCAUGAUCACUUUGGCUGUUAACGGGUCCAUCUCGCUUUCCACGACCCUCGUUUUUUCGGGCUUCUAUAACCUGCUCACCGGUGUGGUAUUCGGUAUUCCGCUGCCGGUGCAGCCCAUGAAAGCUAUAGCGGCGGCUGCCAUAGCAUCGCAUACCUCUCUCAGAGAGACUGUGGCCGCAGGGAGCGUGACUUCAAUCAUCGUGCUGAUCCUCAGUGUCACCGGCUUGCUGCACUGGGUGACGCGGAUCAUCCCCGUGCCCGUGAUCAAAGGGAUCCAGUUCGGCGCCGGCCUGUCACUGGUCAUCUCCGCGGGCACUACGCUCCUCCGGCCGCUUCCGUGGUUCUUCCCCUGGCCUCUCGACAACCGCGUCUGGGCCCUCGGCGCCUUCCUCUCGUUGAUCGCGACGCAGAAGCUGUCUCGUUUCCCGUAUGCCCUGAUCAUCUUCAUCGCCGGCUUGAUCCUGGCCUUCGUGGUCUUGGUGACGGACCACCUCGGCUAUGGACAUCACUACCACCUUCCCUGGUUCCGGUUCUGGGAUCCGUUCGUCAUCCUGCCCUGGUGGAGUCCCGAUGCCAUCGGCAUGGGCAUUGCACAACUACCGCUCACAACCCUGAACUCGGUGAUCGCAGCCAGUGCACUGGCAUCUGAUCUCUUGCCUGAACUGCCAGCGCCAAGUGUCACAGAACUUGGUAUCAGCGUUUCCCUGAUGAAUCUGACCGGGUGUUGGUUCGGCGCCAUGCCCGUGUGCCACGGAGCCGGGGGGCUGGCGGCACAGUAUCGAUUCGGCGCCCGUAGCGGAGCCAGCAUCAUCCUGCUCGGUCUGUUAAAGAUCAUCUUGGGUCUGGUAGUCGGUGAAUCUUUGCUGGGCCUCCUACUUGCAUUUCCAAACAGCCUUCUCGGCAUCAUGGUCAUAGCAGCGGGUCUUGAGCUUGCGAAAGUAGGCCAGAGCCUGAAUCAUGGCGCCACAGACUUGUGGGAAUCUAGUGUCGAGCAGCACAAUUUGAUACACAGAAAGAUUUCGGAUGACGAAAGGCUGGAGAGAUGGACAGUAAUGCUCAUGACGACUGCCGGCAUCCUGGCUUUCAAGAAUGACGCUGUCGGAUUCCUAGCUGGCAUGUUCUGCCACUGGUCUUAUCGGGUUGCGGAGCGGAUUGAAAAGAGAAGAGGAAACAGCCUUGAGAGAACGCCCUUGUUGAACACGUAA